CGCAUUGGCGACGUGGUGCUAAUCCCGCAGCCAUCGGAUGACCCGGAUGACCUGCUGAACUGGCCUCUGUGGAAGAGUUGUUUAAUCUUCGGCUGUGUUGCGCUGGCCACCUUCGCCGCUCAGCUGAGUCCAAGAAGUUCGAACCAGCUCACUUUCACCGAGCAAGUGCCUACUUACCACGUUACUAUUCCCGAGAUGCUCAACUCCGUUGCGGCCGCGUUGGCUGGAUGGGUCAUGGGUCCCUUCUUCAUCAUCCCACUUGCCGCCAUCAUCGGCCGUAGCGCGAUCAUCUUUUACAGCCUUCUCGGGAUCUUGAGUCGUCAGACCUGAGGAGCCGAGGUGACAGGUCAACAUGAUUUCGUGGCAUUCGCGGUCUCGCGAGCCAUCGCGGGCCUCUUCGGUGCCAUCCCUGCCAUCCUCGGUAGCGGUUACAUUGUAGAUCUUUUCUUUCUCCACCAGCGCGGCGCUGCGUUUGCUGUCUUUGAGGUGCUCAUCAUCUUUGCGGUUUGUGGGAGGCGGCACGUUGUUCGCCUUCAUCGCGCAGGGCAAUUCCUGGAGCUAUGUCUUCUGGUGGACUAUCGGACCCCAUCGGAGCCGCACGAGUUCUGGUAUUUCUGUUUAUCAAGGAGACAUCAUACAAACGCGAUCUAUUGAAACCCCGGCGUACGCCGUUGGCCAAGCAGUGGUUCGCGAACCGACUGGAAACGUUCCUCUUCGGUUUCAAGACUCAGCACCGUGGUCGAGGCGCAGAGCUCAUCAGACGAGCAUACA